GAUAGAAAACUUAUUAUCCAAGAGAAACGAAAAAGAUCACACUAGAAAGUGGGGUGUAAGGAAAAAGAAAGAGAUAUUAUUUAACAAUGUCUUCUUCUACCUCAAUUUCUUCUCCAGAUACACUUGCUAAUCGAACCAAUGUCUUUGAUGAUGGAAGUUAUCCCACUGCCCUUCUUAGAAUCAAAGCAGAAAGCCACUUUAACAACAAUAAGACAAACCCACCACCGAAGCCGCUGUUGAUCGGAACUCCGUCGUGUUUAAAGGGUGGCGAGUUCCCGGUGUUGCUGAUGCUUCAUGGAUAUAUGUUAUACAACCAUUUCUACUCACAACUUAUUCAUCAUGUUGCUUCUCAUGGUUUUGUGGUCAUUGCUCCACAGCUAUAUUCCGUCGCUGGACCAGACUCAAAAGACGAAAUAGAAGCCACAGCUGCAGUUAUAAACUGGUUAUCAGAAGGAUUAAAAGACGUACUUCCAUCGAAUGUACAACCAAACCUACACAAGCUAGCACUUUCAGGCCAUAGUCGCGGAGGCAAGGUAGCAUUUGCACUAGCAUUAAACAAAAUAACAGCAUCUCCUCUCAAAAUAUCAGCUUUGAUAGGCAUAGACCCAGUUGAUGGAAUGGGAAAAGGAAACCAAACACCGCCUCCAGUUUUAACAUACGUACCACAAUCUUUUGACCUUAAUGGAAUGCCUGUGCUUGUGAUUGGUUCGGGUUUGGGUGAAAUAAAGAAGAACCCUUUGUUCCCUCCUUGUGCUCCGAAAGGAGUAAACCAUGAGAAUUUUUUCGAGGAAUGCCAAAGUCCUGCUUGGUAUUUUCUUGUAAAAGACUAUGGUCAUCUCGACGUGCUAGAUAAUGAUACUAAGGGAGUCAGGGGAAUUACUACUUAUUGUUUGUGUAAGAAUGGAAAAUGUAGAGAGCCUAUGAGAAAGUUUGUUGGAGGGGUGAUUGUUGCCUUUUUAGAUGCUUACAUACAAGGAGAUGAUAGCAAGCUCAAAUCUAUCAGAGACCGAGAUGAAACUGUCGCUGUGGAGUUUGACAAGGUUGAUGUUUGUCUGUAAUUUUUAAGCAAGUGUGAUGUAUGGAUUGUAUAGUACUCGUAUUUGUAUUGUUUAUAUAUCUAGAUAUCGAUCUUUUCUUUACUUUAGCGUAAAAAGAAAACAGAGUAAAAUCUUAUAUGGAAGGCUAAGGCGCGGCCUUUUAUUGCAAAUGCACAAUAUGAGGGUCAAAGGCUUCACUUUGCCUUGCUAUCUCAAUUACAGGAAGACUGAAUGUGAAUUUAGCUAGAAUUC